AUGGAUCUUAAACGCAGACAAAAAUCAAUAAUUAUACUAAAAGCCGUCAUAAAAAAUAAAAGUCGUCAAGAUAUUCAUCUUUUAACCGUACUUACCACAACAAAUAUAAUUUUUUCAAGUUAUAAUUCUUUUAGGCGUCACUUUCGUAUAACUCUUACUAUUGUUACUUCAUUAGAAACCCAUCAAGCCUUACCAUAG